AUGGCUCCGAACGAACCCAGCGACCACGACAGCUACGUGGGGUCGGGCUUCGCUGGGAAGGUUGGCUGGGGAAGCAAACCUGCGCUGUUACUCGUCGACGUCUGCAAUGCAUACUGGAGUAAAGACAGCCCUCUGGACACUAGCGAGAACCCGGCUUCGGCGGCUGCACCUGCCUCGAUUGCCCACCUUGUCGCCGCCGCCCGCGAAGGAGGGGUGCCGUUGAUAUGGACUCGCGUCGAGUACACCGAGCCAGACAUGUCGGACGCUGGCGUCUUCUACUGCAAAGCGCCGCUGCUGAGGCUGUUCUUGAAAGGAAACGAGACGGGCCUGGAAAGUUGGGUGCCAGGGCUGGAGCCCAUGGACGGGGAGCUCAUCGUUGCCAAACGAUAUCCCAGCGCCUUCUUCGCCACAGACCUCAACACGCGCCUGCAGCUCAAGCGCGUCGACACGCUGGUCAUCUGCGGUGUCAGCACGAGUGGUUGCGUACGAGCGAGCACCUUGGACGCAAUGUGUUUGGGCUAUCGUCCAAUCGUCGUCGGUGAGGCUUGCGGGGACCGCUCGAAGGCUGUACAUGAUGCAAACAUAUUCGAUAUCCAGGCGAAAAUGGCAGACGUGGUGCCUGAAAGCGAGGCCACUGAGAAACUCAAGGCUGGUUGGACACGGUAG